AUGAAAGAGAUCUACAUCCCAGUCUUCUGUAUCCACAUUUGCUUUGCAGGUGAUAUCAUCCCCUUUCAUCCCCAUAAGCUCAUUGAGGACACAGACUUUGUUCUCUUCACCACUGUUUCCCCAGCACUUCGAACACUGCCUGGCACUUGUAUCAGUUCUCCCUUUCCAACUUGGACGCGGCAGAACGGCUCCCGCAAAGAAGGGUGGCGAGAAGAAAAGGGCCGUUCUGCCAUCAACGAGGUGGUGAUCCAAGAAUACACCAUCAACAUUCACAAGUGCAUCCAUGGAGUGCGCUUCAAGAAGCGUAUCCCUCGGGCACUCAAAGAGAUUCCGAAAUUUGCCGUGAAGGAGGUGGAAACUCUAGAUGUGCGCAUUGAUAGCAGGCUCAACAAAGCUGUCUGCGCCAAAGGAAUAAGGAAUGUCCCAUACCGAAUCCGUGUGCGGUUGUCCAGAAAACGUAAUGAGGAUGAAGAUUCACCAAAUAAGCUCUAUACUUUGGUUACCUAUGUACCUGUUAGCACUUUCAAAAUUGUACAGACAGUCCAUGUGGAUGAGAACUAA